CCUCGUGGGCGUGACCAGGCCGGUGCCCGGUCCCGGGAGCCGCCGCCAUGAGUCCUGCGGCCGCCAGCCCCGCGGAAGUGGUUCGCGCGGCGCAGAAGGACGACUACUACCGCGGCGGGCUGCGGAGCGCGGCGGGCAGCGCCCUGCACAGCUUGGCGGGUGCAAAGAGGUGGCUGGAGUGCAGGAGAGAGGUGGAGCUGCUGUCGGACGUCGCCUACUUUGGCCUCACCACGUUUGCAGGGUACCAGACCCUCGGGGAGGAGUAUGUUGGUGUCAUCCAGGUGGACCCGUCCCAGAGCAGAGUGCCCUCAAGGUUGCGCCGUGGUGUGCUGGUCGCCUUGCACACCCUCCUGCCGUACCUGUUGGACAAGGCCCUGCGGCACCUGGAAUGUGAGCUGCAGGCCGAUGUCGAGGGCGCCAGGCCCUCACAGGGCAGCCUGGUCCUCGGGGGGCGUGGCCGGUCGGGGGCAAGGCACUGGGUACACCGGCAGGUGGCCCCCCUGACGGAGCCGCAGAAGAGGACCUUCCUGCAGGCCGUGAUGGUGUUGAGGCAAGGCCUCAGUGGCCUCCAGCGGCUGCAUGUCGCCUGGUUCUACAUCCACGGUGCCUUCUACCACCUGGCCAAGAGGCUCACAGGAGUCACUUAUCUUCGUGUCCGCUCCCCGGCUGUGGAGGACCUGAGGGCUCGAGAAAGCUACAGGCUGCUAGGGCUCGUCUCCCUGGUGCACCUGGCCCUGUCCAUGGGCCUGCAGCUGUACGGUUUCCGGCAGAGGCAGCGCGCCCGGCGGGAGUGGAAGCUGCACCGCGGCCUGUCUCACCGCAGGAGCCACAUGGAAGAGAAAGCCAUUUCCAGGAACUCCGUGUGUACGCUGUGCCUAGAAGAACGCAGACACUCCACCGCCACGCCCUGCGGCCAUCUGUUCUGCUGGGAGUGCAUCACCCAGUGGUGCGACACCAAGAUGCCAGUGCGGGAGGGCCCGGGAAGGGGGCUCUGCUGGCCACAGCCAGUGUGACACACACACACCCCUGCCCCUCUCUGCAGACAGAGUGCCCUCUCUGCAGGGAGAAGUUCCCUCCCCAGAAGCUCGUCUACCUGCGGCACUAUCGCUAACCUGACCAAGGACAGGAGCCCAGUUUUCCUUAACGUCGGGGGAUAGACGUAAUCUCUCAAAGUUACCUUUAUGUGCACAGAAGUCCUAGAAUUCUCAAAUUUUAUCUCCUGUCACAUGAAGAGACUAUGCCAGCAGCUUAGGAGGACAGAGGCCGGAUCUGCCUGGAAGACGGCUGGUCCAAGCCUUUGGGCUGAGUGUGGCCCACCCACCCAGUGAACCCCCAAGCGCACGGUGCAGAUGGCAAGCAGCAGUCGGAGCAGAGCCCACCUGGGGGGUCACACCACACACCCCCUGUGACAUACUGGGGUCACUUCUUCAACAGCUAGACUCUCGGACAAGGUUAGUUUCUCCUCCUUUCCUCAACUGGUUUGGAAAAUGAGUUUCAGAAACAGGACCAACAUUCAUAUGAUGAGAAAGAUUCUCAGGCAAAGGGUUGGGGUUUGACCUGAACGGGCAAGUGUGGGGAAGAGUGGACGAGGGUCACCAGUGGUCCGUCCACCAGCACUGACAACCUGGAAACUUUGCCCUUGUCACCAGAGCCAGGCUGCUUGGUGGCUCGGGCACAUCCAUUCACGGGAGUAGAACUCCAAGAUGCUUUAUCUCCACUUAAGACACGUGGUACCUGUCUUUUAAUAUGCAUUCAAGUUUGUUUCCCAUUUUAGACAGUGGCAGUGUGCAUCCCGGCUGAGCUCUGCUUGGAACCUGGGGAUGUGGUGCCAGGCUGCUCAGGUUCUCCACACCUGCCCCACAGCUGCCUCUCAGAGCUCAGCUCUCCCCAAGGCCUGGGAAGCUGGCUGUUUGUGCCAGGUCACUGCUGUGCCCAGCCUACUUCCUGCCACUUUUUUGUUACUUUCAGGUCUUUAAAAGUAUUAACUUGUGCAAAAGACCAGACUUUGCCGUAAGCUCCCUUAAGAAACGAGCUCCAUGGAAGCAGAGGUAUAUUAAGAAGGCCCUAAGGGUGAACCAAAGAUCACAUUCAUAAAGGGCAAGAACCUGCAGUCAGGAUGUCCCAACCCUGGUGUGAAGCCACAGUUCUGGCUUCUGGCAGAGGCCUGUGCAAAUGGCUCCGGAAUCUGACCAGAGGUAUCAAAGGUACUGAACCCAUUCAGAACAUUUAAGUACCAAGGUUUAAACAUGGGAUCAGGUGUAUGAAAGAUCUUCAUGUGGCCUCUUAGAAGCAAGAGGAGUGCCACUUUAGAUAUGUAAAAAUUGGCUCCAAAAAGCCAGUGAACAUAUUCAGUGCCUAAACCCCUAAGACGGAUGGAAAACUGGUCAGAGCUAUGAGUCUGCACUGCUGGAGGACACCCACGGGCUUGUACCUUGGCACCUGUACCCCAGUGACCAUUCCAGCUCAGCCUGGGGAAUUCAGUGCACCUCCCAGCUGGGCUUACUCACAGGCAGUAAGCUGUAUAGUGUUUCACAUAAAGACUCCACAAGAAAGGGGACACUGUCUUUAAUAAAGUUGGAAUUAAAAAGUCA